UUUUUUCUGUCCAUAAUAAAAAAUAAAUAUUACCUUAAUUAAGGCAUUUUAAAGUGAUAGAAAUAGAUAAUUAAGUGACUAAUAGUAUGUGCUAAUCGUGCAUAUAAUUAUUUUUAAGGAAUUCAUUCAUAACAAGGAUUUAAUUAAGUUUUUCACAAUUUGCUGUCUACACAAGAAUUUUCAUAUUUUUAAGGCGAUAAUCCAAUUAGAUCCUACAUUCCAAAGGAUAUAAAAUCAGUUUCUUAUAAAACUCAUCAAAUUAAAUCCACAAAAAUGGACGGAUUUUUUGUAUUUGACUUGUCUAAUGACUUGGUCUUCAAAUACAGCAAUGAGUUAAUGAAUGACAAGCUGAUAAAUAUUGGACGAAAAAUCGGAAUUAUUAAUAGCGAGGAACAGAGGGAAACGCCAAUUUCAUAUGACGAGCUAAUUCACAUAUUUAAUCCGUUACUUGCUAAUCUCCGAUUUAUGCUAAUCCAGUUUGAUAAUUCAUUUAAUUAUGUUAAAUGCAAGCACGGUUUUAAUAUGGUGUUUGAUGAUGAAAGUUUUGGAUUCCUGCUCAUUACAAUUAGUGACACUAAAAAUAUUGAACAAAUGCAGAGAUCACAAGGAGUUUAUAAGGAAUUCAUGAAGCAUCUUGUUGGACCAGCAGUUCUUCAGUUCAAAACUGACAAUAAAUCUGCUGAAUUAUUAACAAGAUUAAUAAUUAAAUGGAAUGAAAUGUACUAUGAGAACAUUGAUAUAUGCUUAGAAGCUAUAGAGCAACUUGCUAUUAAUAAUGAUGUCAAAAAGACAAGCUUAGUGUCAAUCCUAGAACAAUCUGUUGACAAAUUAAAGCACGACCAUCAUUUCCAAAGAAGUCAUGCAAUUUUGUUUUACGAAAAUAAAUUUCUUUCAAUGUUCUCGUCACGCACAACCCAUCACAUGUUGAUUCCAGCAGACAUAUUCUUCUUAAAUCUGUACUGUCAAUCAAUUAAAAUGAGUGAGAAAAUUGAAACGACAUUAAUGUUUAUGAGAGGAUCACAUAACAGUUGUGUAGCUUAUAAAGUCAUCAGAAUUGCUAUCGACGACUAUAUUACAUUAAUAUUAUUGUCUGAAUUUGCAAGCACAGUCGUAUCCUCUAAUCUGUACGAAUCGUUUUUAUUAUUAAACAAAAUCAAAGUCCUUCAAGCACAACAAGAUCUUGACAGUUUAGUUAUAGAAACUGACAAGUUAGACAAGUGCAUUAAGCAUGUCAUUGAGACGAAAAAGAAGACAAAGCACAAUAGUCAGGAGAUGGAGGAAUGUGUGAAAAACUACCAAAAUAAAUACGAAAUAUUUCGAAAAAAGUAUAUGGAAAUGCUGAAAUUAAUGGACAAGACAAAAUUGAUUAGUGUUGAAUCAUAUUUUCCAUGUUUUAUGGAAGCGACAAAGGAUCUUUACAAAUUGACAUUCUUUACUGAACAUUCCAAAACAAUUUCACAUGAACAAGAGAAAGCUCUCUUAAAUACAGCAGCAUUUGCGACAGAAAAGAUUUUAAAAGUCGCAGAAUUUGAUAAAAUUAAGGCAAAGAAUAAUUUAGCAUUGAAUUCCUACCUCGAAGACUUUGCUGGCUUAAUUUACUUCAUUUUUGUUGAUCGACAACGUGGGUCCUGCAUUUAUCCAGAUCUUGGACGAACUGUUGCAGAGACGAGUCCUCAAAUCAGGACUAAAGUUUGGGAAAUGAUUGAUACAGCCAGAAACUAUCUUCAGAAUGGACAGACUACUGUAAUUUGGAAGGACUUUGCUUUCAGCUAUCAUUAUAGUCUGUGGUUUGAGGAUGCAAAUGGACAGAGUUUGAAGCCAAAGGAUCAGAGCAGCUUUGCACCGAAACAGAAUUUGGUGCCAGGAAUUAUGGCUCAUGACUUUUAUCUGAAAUUAAUCGAGACACUCUUUCCAAAAAUCAGCAAUGGAUUAAACAAAAUCAAGAUCUUCGAACUUUUCACGAUACAUUUAGGACUCGUUAAUCCUCAUUUACAGCUCGAGCAUUCAAGAAGAUUAAUUGCUACAAUCUCAGACGAAAUGAUAAGCAAUAAUUUAUUCGAUUUGUUAUAAAAAAAUCCCAAAAGAAAAAGUCUCACGAUAUUCAAUAUAAAAUGAAGCUAUGAAUGGAAAAGAAGCCAAAGAAAGCCAAAGUCAUGCUAAAUUGUUAGAAUCAUGUUUAAAUUAAACUUGACAAUGUGUUUAUCUAUAAUGUGCAAUAUAAUUUGCUAUGUGUCAAUAAAACUGCAAUCUUUGAA